AUGGCUUCCCAAGAUCAAACGGCCCAGCAUGGCAAGAAGAAGAGCCUUAUCGUCAAUGCCUUUGUCAUGAUGUGCAGCGGUCAUCAAUCACCAGGACUAUGGAGGCACCCUGAAGAUGAGUCUUGGAGGUUCAAAGACACUGAGCACUGGGUUGAAUUGGCCAAGUUGCUAGAAGACGCCAAGUUUCAUGGCAUCUUUAUUGCUGAUGUGUUGGGAGGCUACGAUGUUUACAAGAAGUCCUUGGAGCCUGCUAUCAUCUCCGGAGCUCAGUGGCCUCUUACAGAGCCAUUAGCUGUUAUUCCUGCCAUGGCUGCUGCGACUAAGAAUAUUGGAUUUGGUGCCACUGUUUCCGUUACAUAUGAGCAGCCAUAUCAUCUUGCUCGGCGGUUAUCCACAGUCGAUCAUCUGACAAAGGGCCGUUUGGGUUGGAACAUUGUCACUGGUUACCUAGACUCGGCCGCUCGCAACCUUGGUCAUCCGGUUCAACUGGCACACGACGAACGCUAUGCUCAAGCCGAAGAAUACAUGGAAGUCAUGUACAAGCUCUUCAACUCAUCCUGGCGUGACGACGCUGUCAAGCUAGAUCGCGAGCGAGGUAUCUACACGGAUCCCGCCCUUGUUCGUCAGAUCAACCAUAACGGCAAAUACUUCAACGUUCCUGGCCCUCACGUCGUAGACCCUAGCCCGCAGCGAACACCACUUCUUCUUCAAGCAGGAGCCAGCAAACCAGGUAAAGCGUUUGCAGCUCAGCAUGCUGAGGCUAUCUUUACUUCCGCGCAUGCACCUGCAGUGUGCAAGAAGAACAUAGCAGAGAUCCGAAAGGUUGCGAAGGAACAGUUUGGCCGAGACCCGAACAACAUCAAGGUCCUCGCUCUUGUCACCCCUAUUCUUGGUAGGACUGAAGAGGAAGCUCGGGCUAAGUACGAUGAAGCGAAGAAGUAUGCUUCGACUGAAGGUGCUCUGUCACUGUUUGGUGGAUGGACGGGUAUGGAUUUGAACCAGUACGGCGAUGAUGAGGAACUUCGACAGGUUGAAAGUAACGCUGUUCGAUCAACUGUAGAAGGCUACGCCAAGUUCUCGCCGGCAAACUCAAAGUGGACGAAACACACUGUCGCCGAGCAUGUCAGCCUUGGAGGCAACGGACCUCUGUUCGUUGGCACACCCUCUCAGGUGGCCGAUAGCCUGCAAGUCUGGAUUGAUGAGGCAGACGUCGAUGGUUUCAAUUUUGGAUAUGUUUUGUUCCCUGGUACCUUUAAAGAUAUCAUCGAACUACUACUCCCUGAGCUUCGAUCAAGAGGUCUCUUCUGGGACGAUUACGCGGUGCCUGGUGGUAGUUACCGAGAGAACUUCUAUGGCCUUCCUGGACAGAAGUAUCCUCUGGAUGAGCAUGCUGCUUCCAAGUAUAGGUGGGCUGCUGGGGUACCUGCAAGUGAGCACAAGAUUCCGCAGUAG